GCUGCUGGGUGGCUUGCAGGCAGGUAGAAGGAGAUUUGUUCAGCAGCCCCAGAUAGAACAUCUUUGCUGCUCCUCAAUGUAGAGAAAGCUGCAUCCAUCUAUUUUUAAUAUCGGUGACGCAGGCGGUGAGCCUGGCCUCAAGCUGGGAGCUCGUUGUCUCCCCAUGCAUCUGUCCUGACUCAUCUUCCUCUGCGAGGGCCCUGCUCUGCUCUAUGAUCCAGCAAAGGAAGAAGAGGGAAGCAAAAUGGGGCCAAAAAAAAGUAAAUUGGAGAGCACAGCUCCAGAGAUAGUGAAUUGUUUGGGGAGAGGAAUGAUAAACACCAAGCUUUCGCUCACUCAGAAGCUGAGACAAUUAUGGGAUUGAGAGAGCUGAAUGUGUCCAGGGGAUUGCUGAGAAGAGAACAGCAUCCCAGGAAUGCUUGUUGAGAUCCUAAAGGGUUUGGAGUGUGACUAAAAGCCUGCAAGGAUCUCAUGGCUCCUUAUGAAACUUCCACCUAUGACAGGGCUGGAAAAGGGACUGUGUUGAUGUUAGACAAAUUCCAGGCAGUCCCACUGGGGUCCUCUCCUCUGCUCCACGAAAUGACUCAGGAUCUCCACUGGUGUAAAUGGGAGCAGAGUUUGACCAAUGCUGUUUAAAGAGGGUGUUUUUCCUUGAGGGGUUUUCUCGCAUGAAGUACCUCGUGGGCUCAAUCUCUGGGAUGCCUGUUGUUACAGCAGUGCUGUGAAGUCGACCCACCGCCUUCACCCUCCAGAAGAGAAUAAAGACCUUUUCUAGGCACUGCUUUAAUUCCAUCCCUGCUGAGGGCCCUUGCUCUGCUGCUGCAGAGUAAAACUUGUGUGGCUACAUCACAGCAUCUUUCUCCUUGGGAAGCAGAAAUCUCCAAACUUCUCUGCCUCUGGGGCAUUUCCAAAGCCCAGGGAAAAAGAAUUCCCCCUCCCAUGCUCUCACCCACCUCCUCUGAUGUCUGUUUUUAUUGCCAUCCCAUGAAUGGCAAUGAAAUCCUUGGCUGUGCAUUUGCCAAACCGGUUACAUUUACAAAGCUGAAGUGAUCUGUCUGGGGAAGUGUCGGAGCAAACCACAAGGCAAAGGAGUGCUUUUGAUGCAGCUGAUCCUCGUGUGGGGCAACAGAGGAAUAUCAGCCCAGCUCCUGGGCUGCAGAACCCCUGCUCAGUGCCAGCCAAUAGACCCCAAGCCCAAAGCAUGCUGUGACAUCUGCAGGGCUCUGCCUUUGGUACACCCCUUUGAGAUGUCUGUUCAUACAGCGUUCGUUUUCCUCUCUCUAGGAAAUGGAAACUACAAAGCCAUUCCAUCUUCUGCAGAUUUUAAGGCUGUGGAUUUGCUGGAGUAUUUCUGCCAUCUGUAAGGAGGGGCCGGGGGGAUGUUCUCACAUGGAGUUUCUGCUGUUGUUAUACACAGGUGCGGCCACCCGCGCCUUUCUGCUUUCAGAACUGGAUGUUACCAGCGAGACGUUUGCAGACCACAAGCAGAGGCAAUUCGUACGUUGGCUGGAAAGCAGACGAGGUGAAAGUUGUGAUGGCGAAUCGAGGCAAAGCGCGUUCACUUGCUUUAGCUCUGGGAUUGGCUUCCAAAAGAAGUAAUGAAAAGCUGCCACCAGGUGUCACCUCGAAGCUAACUAAUAGCUGCCAGGCCGGCAGGGUGCAGAGAUGGAGCCGGGGGACACCUGGUUCCAGCGCUCAGGGCUGGCGAAUGACCGCAGACACCGCGAUGCUUCGGAGUGUGCUUCGUAAAAUCUUUUCGACAGAGCGCAGCAAAACGUACGGCGCCGAAAUGUCACGCUAAGACGUCAGCUGUGGAAGUUCGGUCUGCCCGACAUCCCCGCUCCGAGCCGGGCGCUGGGUGCUGAGGUGGCGGCGGAGCUGAGCGGCUCCGCCCGUUGUGGCACGGAGCGGAACGCGGUGCUUAAUGGCUUCAGUACUACAGCUUCGCUGCACCCCGCGCUUGGGCUGUCAUUGGAAUACGCGUUUGCAUGCGUGUUCGAUGUUUAGCAUGUGGGGGCGUGGGAAAACUGCUGCCAGCAAGGGAAAUCCACAAGGAAAGUGGGAGGAGCCGCCCCAGGACUUCUGAUCCUCAAGCUUUGGCAAGGAGGGGGUCGGCGAACGAAGGAACCCCACGUGUGCUGCGCUGCUAUCGUCCCCGCGUGCCUCGGAGCGAGCAGGCAGCAGGCAGCAGGCCGGCCGGAGCACGAGGGAAGCGCCGGGGCCAAACGCUGAAGGCACGGAGCUGCACAGAGCAGGGACGGACCGCGCAGCGCCGGACACAGCGCUUCGGCAACGGGCCUGCGCCGCCCGCUGACAGCUUCCCGCCCACCGGAGCCAAUAAACACACGCGGAUUGGCUUCCCUGCCCGUCCGUCAGCACUUGAGUCGCGCUGCUACUGGCUAACUCUCUUAUUUAUAACCCGCCUUCGAAGUCUGGCCAAUGAGAGCGAGGCGCCCCUAGCAACGCCCCUCACUUUUUCCUGUCACUGGCUCCCGCGAUUGUCCUGGGAGUCGUUGUCUCUGCUUCUAGUGAUCCAGCCUCCUGUCUUUCAAGUGCAUCUUGACCAAUUAAAAGCCGGUACUCACGUGGAUUACCUGAGAGUCCCUCCGCCUGCCUUCCCCUUCUCCAUUGGCUAAACGCCACCGUCCAUCAAAACUGCCCCGACGUCGAUUGGUUGUUCCGGAAGGCGGCUAGCGGCUGGGCUCCUCCCCUCUCUGUGGGCGGCUCAGUGGCCGUGAGGCUGGCGGCGGGGCUGGGCGCGUGAGGAGGAGGCGGAGGCGGCGGGGAGCGAGGGCGGAGCCGUGGCGGUCGCGGGUCCCGCAUCUGGGUUCCGUCCUCACAUGGGGCCCCCUCGCUUACCGCAGCGGCGGGGCAGACCCUCACCGAGCCGCUGAGAGACGAGCAGGUCGCCAUGAGUGCCCGCGCCGCCCGCAGGCCCCGCUUGCGCCGCCGCCGCCGCUGUUCAGCACCCAACAAGAGGUGAGAAGACAGCAAAGUCCCUAAGAUGUGAGAAGUCCUCCCUUAGCGAAAGAAAACCUUGUUUUCAAAAUGGACCGAAGUAAAAGGAAUUCAAUAGCUGGAUUUCCACCUCGCUUGGAGCGUGCUGAGGACUUUGAGGGUGGCACUGGAGGAGAUGGAACUACAUCCCAGAUAGGGAGAGUUUGGACCUCUUCAUACAGAGCCCUGAUAAGUGCCUUUUCCAGACUUACCCGUCUCGAUGACUUCACGUGUGAGAAAAUUGGCUCUGGUUUCUUCUCUGAGGUGUUCAAGGUAAGACACAGAACUUCAGACCAGGUAAUGGCUUUGAAGAUGAACACGCUGAACAGCAACAGAGCGAACAUGCUGAAAGAGGUUCAACUUAUGAAUAGACUCUCACAUCCAAACAUCUUAAGGUUUAUGGGUGUCUGUGUGCAUCAAGGACAGCUGCACGCACUGACUGAGUACAUCAACUACGGAAACCUGGAACAGCUAUUAGACAGCAACCAGCAUCUGCCUUGGACAGUGAGGGUGAAAUUGGCAUAUGACAUCGCUAUGGGAAUCAGUUAUCUUCACUACAAAGGCAUUUUCCAUCGAGACCUUACAUCCAAGAACUGCUUAAUAAAACAUGAUGAGAAUGGAUACUCAGCAAUAGUGGGAGACUUUGGUUUAGCAGAGAAAAUUCCAGAUCACAGUGAGAAGUUACCAGUGGUGGGGUCACCUUUCUGGAUGGCACCAGAAGUUCUCAGAGAUGAACCUUACAAUGAAAAGGCAGAUGUGUUCUCCUAUGGUAUAAUUCUGUGUGAGAUAAUAGCAAGAAUACAGGCAGAUCCAGACUAUCUCCCUCGCACAGAGAAUUUUGGAUUAGAUUAUGAUGCCUUCCAGCACAUGGUGGGAGACUGUCCCCCUGACUUCCUCCAGCUGGCUUUCAACUGCUGUAAUAUGGAUCCAAAGUUGCGUCCUUCAUUUGCUGAUAUUGUCAAAACACUGGAGGAGAUUUUAAACCGCCUGAGAAACGAGGACUCUGAGAGAGACAGAAAGUUUUUGAAUAUUGACAACAAUGAAAGAAAACCCAAAGGGUCAAUUGAAAAAGGACCAGGAGUAAAACGAUUGAGUUCCCUGGACGAUAAGAUUCCACCCAAGUCACCCCGACCACGUCGGAAUAUCUGGUUGUCACGUAGCCAGUCGGAUAUCUUCUCUCGCAAGCCUUCCAGGAAGAUAAAUGUGCAGGACCCCUACUAUACACCAAACAAAGGAUUAGGCCGGAAAGUUAAUCCCUUCAGUGCCCGGGAGGACCUCAAGGGUGGAAAGAUAAAAUUCUUUGACAUGCCAAGCAAGUCUGUGAUCUCUCUUGUGUUUGACUUGCAUUCUCCAGAGGCAGGUGGUUACCUGAAAGCCAGCCAGUCCCAAUUCCGGCAGGCAUAUAGCACAGACUGGCAGGAAUUUUCCCUCCUUCCUGGGAGGAGAUGCAGAUCACUUCCAGUCUCUCCUGAAUUGGCACACAAAGAAUACGGCCUGUUUAGUGGACUGUCUUCAACCAUCAGUAGAUGUGAUCCCACCCAGCUAAGUGCAGAGGUUCGGCAAAAGCUCCUGAGUAGCAGUAAAUACGGUGUGUCAGAGAUUCCCCCCUUUCAAGCCAAGCCUCACAGGCCAGAAUUUCUUUCUGUACCAGGACAAGAGGAGGAUAUGGACUGUUCGGAUGGGCCAGUGUCCCAGGAGGAAAAUGGAUUUUACUCUAAGAACACAUGUGAGGAUCCAGCACAAAAUCAACCAUUAGUGCUGGCCCAGUCUGAGCCAUUAUCUUACAAAGGGCUCCCAGUUGAGAAUUCAUUGAACUCUGAGGAACAUUCCUCACAGGUGUUUGCUGGUUGUUUCCCUUCUGAAGAGAUGGAGGUGGAAGACAACCUGCUGAAAAAUACACUGCUGGAGUCUACAAAGCCUCUGUUCAGCAUCCGUCCUUCCACAGAGCUGAGGACAGAUGCACAGCCAUUCAGGGAGCACGAUGGAGAUAGCACUGCCCCGUUGUCUCAGACGUCCUCCAACAUCUCAGCAAGUGGCAGCACACAGCCAACUUGUGACAUAUGAAGAGAGGGCUCAAACGGAGCAUGUCCUCGAGGGAACCGUUGUUCCCAGUCACUUAAACUCUGUUCUUCAGUAGCGCUAUGUUUUGUGCUCGAAGGAGACCCAGCAGAUGGUAAAAAUGGGCUGUCAAACAGGUAGCUGUGGACAGCAUCUGAAGAGACUAAUGAUUUUAACUAUUUUCAAGCUAUGCUUAUUUCCUCCCUUGAUUUGCUUUAGGAGGGGAAACUACUCCAGCCAGAAUUCCCACGUGAGCCCCAUACCUUACAGAGGUGGUAACAAGAAGUAGGCACCACACAGUUUGACCUGGAUUCCAGCAUGGAGCAUUUUGAGGCCUUAAGUUCCAGGUUGAGUGGAAAGAGUGACACGUAGGUUUUCCCUCUUCCUCUGACUGACCAGCUGCUCUGAACUACUGCAGAUUUUGCAUUAGCAUUCUGCAAGCAGUAUAUGUGAAUCAGAGUCUCUGUUCCAGAAAUGGGCACAGAUCUUUCAGAGCUGCAUUAAGCAGAUAGCAAUGCUUUCUUGUCCCAGAGCUGCUAUGAAUGCUGUUGCAGCAUUAAACAAGCUCUUCUUUCAAAAGCAGCAAAAACAAAACCCCUCGUGUUGGUUGCAGUCUGCAGGCUGAGUCACAUGAUAAGUACUUCCCAGUUAACAAAAGGAAUCUGUUCCCUGGUGUUUCAUUUUGCCAUGAGAUUUGUUAGAGAAGUGUAUUGCAUUAGUGUGGGGAAGCAAGAUGCAGUGAGCACCACUUCCUUUCUUGCACAGCUCUUAAUUUACCUCGACUCAGAUGUGGAGAAAGAUUUGCCCAGGGAGCAAAAAUGGAGCCAGAUUCCAGGCACUGUCAUUUCUGGGCUUUUUGAGGAACUGCCAGUGGAAGUACCAGUUGUAGUGAGCUUUUGGGCUCUCCUCUCUUAAGACACCGUAAUCUAUUUCUGCAGAAUAGUUAAAUAUAAGUUCUAGGUGAACAGCUAUCACUAUGGUAGGAGGGUCACAUUCAGACCCCUCUCUUGUAGGACAUCCAUCUCAUUGGUACCACUGCACUAAUUAUGGUAGUAAUGACUUUUGAAAAAGCAGACUCCUUGAUGGGGACAAGAAUCCCCUGCUCCAGAGAAGCCACCAGCAGUG